AUUUCUUCCGGCGUUUGUUGAUUCCUUGUGCUCUUGGCUUGAGCACAUGGUGCCCAUGACUAGUACCUGAUGCCUCGAGUAGACAGGCAUUCUUCUUUCUCUACAGGUCAUCCAACAUCACAGACUCGACUUGACUGCGAGCCUGUUCUCACACCUUGUGGACGAUUGAGCAAGCAGCGGCCUCAUAGGAAAGCGAAGCUCGAGCCUCCACAUACGUUCAGCUGAUCGAUGGCAAUAGUGUUGACCGACGCUCACCUUCGUCAAGCCGCCUUUCACCUCCUGACAACAUCUUUCAAAGCCCUGUCUACUCAUCCACGCACUCAGGAGUAGCCAACCAUGUUCGACGCCAUCUUCGAAGAGCUUGGAGGCAGUGUUGGUGUUCCUCCUGAUUACCUCAAGCUCCUAACGCUCCUAGUGGUUGGCUAUCCACUCGCAUACCCUCUACCAUACCUUCCCACCACCCUCAAGCAUCUGACCAACAUCGUCGUCUCAUUUUUCUACCUCUUUGGAGUGCUCAAUCUUCACCAUGGGUAUCUGCAGCUGUUGGGCACAUCUCUCAUCACGUUUGCUCUCACAAAGUACAAUGUGACCAUCUCAGGAGUCAAGAUGCCUUGGAUCGUAUUCGGUGUGCAGAUGGCUCAUCUGACAGUUAACCACCUCAUCCGAGCGUAUGGAGGUAUUCCUCUCACGACGAUCGAGAUCACAGCUGCACAGAUGGUCAUGUGUAUGAACCUCACUUCAUUCGCUUGGAGCGUGUACGACGGUAGACGACAGGAGGACAAGCUAGAUGCUCAGCAGAAGGAACACCGGGUUUUAUCAAGCGAAUUCCCCGGUCUCGUGGAGUUCUUGGGCUACGCCUUCUUCUUCCCUGGAGUGCUUGUGGGACCUUCGAGUCGAUUUGUGGACUACAGGCGUUGGGCAAAUGGGACGUUGUAUGGCUCCUCAUCGAACUCCUCGUCCUCCCCAUCCCAGCUGCCGCCUCCCGGACGCCUGUAUGCAGGUUCAAAGGAGCUCGUGAUGGGUGUCGCAGGUUUGGCUCUCUGGAGUGUCGGCACCCCGCACUGCAACUUUGAAGCCUUGUUGCUGCCUUCUGGCGCCCCUGGCGCGCUAGCGGACAGGCCUUUCCUUGCAAGGCUGGCCAUCUUGAUUGCUGCGGGAUUGUUCACGAGAAGCAAGUACUACGGAAUUUGGGGGCUGGCUAAUGGCUCUUGUAUUUUGAGCGGCCUCUCAUACAACGGACUCGCGCCCAUUCCUUCUCCUUCUCAAGCGAGCGGACAGCAAGCGCUCUCGGCGAAGAACGACAUCUCGACAAGAUCGAAGUGGGACAGAUGCCGAAAUAUCGACCCUCUGAACAUCGAAUUCGCAAACAAUUGGAAAGAGCUCUUAGACGCUUGGAACAUGAACACGAACGUCUGGCUGAGGAAUUGCGUGUACAAGCGUGUUGCCAAACAAGGCAAGAAACCAGGCUUCAAGAGCACGAUGAUCACAUUCAUCACUAGCGCCUUCUGGCAUGGCGUUGCGCCUGGCUAUUAUUUGACCUUUGUCCUCGGAGGUCUGUGCCAGUCUGUUGGUCGCACUUUGCGUCGACACCUUCGUCCAAUCUUCUACACCGACCCCCGAUCCCCGAAUCCUACUCUAUUCAACUGGACAUCGUUCAACACCGGUCAGAUCCUCUACAGCAUGGCAUCAGUCCUGGUCGUCCAGCUUAGCAUGAGCUACACCGUCAUUCCUUUUCAACUUCUCUCGAUUCAAGACUCGCUCAAAGGUUGGAAGUUGCUCAACUACUACGUUGUGCUUGUCGUUGCGGGCAUCAUGAUCAGCUUCAGACUAGGCCUUGGCAAGUCGUUGGACAGGGUCAGCGGAGUUGAGAAGCAGAAAAGGGAAGCCAAGAUCAACGGUAGCGCAGCAGCGUCUACAAGUAAGGCGGGCAAUCCUCAGGUACCCGACGUCGAUGCUGCGCAGAAAGAGGCUGAGAAGAAGGCGAAGGAGCUGGGCGACUUGGCAGGCGAGAAGGUCGAUGAGCUUAGGAAGUCCCGGUAAUGCGUACCCACAUUACCAUUGCUGACUGAGACACCUCAGCUGCGCGGUGAACGAAGGCUGCAAUUUAAGAAGAGAUCUUGCUCACGGAUAAAUGGGUAGAAAUAACCUCAGAUUAGAGCAUUGGCUGGGCCCAGCAGAUCGUAUCGCGAAUGAAUGGGAU